AUGACUGUGCCUAGCAUCAGCCCACCUUGCAGUGGGGCUGACAGCAUUCUGUGCAGCAGCAGCAGCGACCACCAACAUGGACAACAGCACAGUCUGAGCCCCACUGGCCACUUGAUUGCAGCCAUCUGCCUUGCUAUCAUCGGGAGCCUGGGAUUCUUCCAUAACCUUUUGGUUCUGAUAGUUUUUUGUCGGAACAAAGUGCUACGAUCUCCAAUUAACCUACUGCUAAUAAACAUUUCUGUGAGUGACUUGAUGGUGUGCAUCGUAGGAACCCCAUUCAGCUUUGUUGCCAGCACUCAGGGCCGCUGGCUCAUUGGACCGGUAGGCUGCGUGUGGUACGGCUUCGUCAAUACCCUCUUUGGUAAGUUUAACCUGCUGCACUUGCAUGUCCCCAGCACCUUCCCUCUACUUCUGCUUAGUUUAGAACCUCUCUUGGCCUUUGGCCACAUAGGGAGGUGCCAGGACACAUUGCAGCUUAGUUCCCCCUACAACCUCCCUAGCAAACCCAGUGGCAUUAAGCUGAUGAGCCACAAAAGGGAGCAACGUGUCUUGAUCAUGGUAGUCGUGAUGGUGAUUUGCUUCCUUCUUUGCUGGCUGCCAUAUGGGAUAAUGGCCCUGGUAGCUACUUUUGGAAAACCUGGCCUAAUUACCCCAUCAGUCAGUAUUAUCCCAUCAGUCCUUGCCAAGAGUAGUACUGUCUAUAAUCCAGUCAUCUACAUAUUUCUGAAUAAACAAAUCUGUGAUGUGGAUGCUACUGACAAGUGA